AUGCAAUAUCUGCCAUUGGGUCUUCCGUUUCUGCGAGACAUAUCAAUUGGUAAAAGUUACAACGACUGGUACCCACUUCUCAGCCCGCAUAGUGGCCCAUGGACUGGACAAAAAUCAGCUCAAUACGCGUUGGGAAGAACCGUUUGGCCGAAUACUCAAUCCUCUAGCUUAAGUGUGGACGACUAUAAUGCUCCACUCAAAAAACAUACUGAAGACAUUAUGAAAGCAUUUAUGAAACCUUUUGAUAAAGGCUGUGGUGGACAAGAUUCUAAACCUUUUCGGUUGUGGUUUCUAUCAUACAAGAAUAGGAGUGUCAUGAGAUCGAGUGUGUACGACCGCGUAUGCAAUCCUUUGAGGGAAUGUGGUUAUGUGAUGUGGGAUGAUGAAAUUGCACUACCUGAUGAAGAAUUAAAGCGUCGAAUUGACUUACUACAAACCAAGACCUCCCACUAUUCUCGUCCCUCUUACGGAGGAGAGGAAUUCCGACGGUCUCAGGAGUGUAGAUCCGAUCUUCAUCAAAUGGGCUGUUCAGGUUAUUGGGCUGAAGACGACCUAAGCCAGAUUCAAGGACUCAACAUCCCAAUACUAGGAGCUUACGUUGAGAAAUGGGGAGAUCCCAGAAGUCCAAAGGCAGAAAAGUCGUGA